AUGAAAAACCGACACGAAGUCCGCUCACUCGAAAAAGUCGAAGAGUCCCUACGAAUCGCCACCCAGAUCAUCCGUGACCAUGGACUUGACGUUGAUCUCGAAGCCGAGCUAUCGCAAGCCCGAAACGGAACCAGUCAGAAAUAUCAGCUUUUGAGCGAGGAGGAGACAGCCCGAGAAAGUGUGAAAAGGCCGCGACCUACUUCAGGACAAGAUAAGGAAGGGCGGGAUUCGCCAGCAAGUCAGUCCCUCGGUGUCGACUAUGCAAUACCUGAGCCUUGUCUGGAACUCCUGGUUUCGACUGAAAAUGCCGUGGAAGCGAUCUCUGCCGAUCUUCUGCCUGCGGCCAACGUCGAGGACACCGUUAUAAGCGGUGCAGACUAUGACUGGGAUGAGCGAAACACGGAGGCACAGAGCUGCAUUGAUGGCAUGGCCGCUUUAUCUAUCCAAGAGGAACGGCCGGGGUACUUGGGUCUUGCAUCUGGAGCCGCUCUUCUGCAUUUGAUCCAGAGUUGCUCCGGUCCAGUAUCAUCCACCGCAGCCCAGAAUGUGCCAUCUUCUAAGGCACAAUCACCACAGCCACUGGCAGUUAAUCUACAGCGAAAUAUCCCCGCGCACAGGAUUGAAGCAUAUGUCGCUAACUACUUCAAUGAAUACCACACCUCAUAUCCCCUCAUUCACCAAGGGUUGUUCAUGGCACAGUAUCAUGAGAUUGUAUCUCGCCCAAAAUACGGCUGGAACGUCCUGAUGUACAUUAUGGCCGCCAUUGGAGCUUUCAUGUCAGCCACAGCACCAAAUGACGACGAUUUAGUUCUCUAUCACAAAGCUCGUUCCCAUCUAUCUAUUGAAAUUCUCGAAGUUGGAAGCUUGACUCUUGUGCAGAGCCUAAGCCUGAUUUCAAAUUAUCUGCAAAAGCGAGAUCGUCCAAACUCGAGCCACAACUACCUUGGCCUGGCUGUCCGAAUGGCCUACGGCUUGGGCCUUCACAAGGACCAUCCGAGUAUUGACGGUAACUUGUUAUACCGUGAAAUCCGCCGACGCACAUGGUGGUGCCUCUACAUUUUUGAUGCAGGUUCAACAAUAACAUUCAGUCGUCCACUAGCCAUUCCAUCUGCUGGUCUUGAUUCAAAGCUCCCACUCAACAUCUCAGAAAGCGAUCUCACUGUCUCCGCGGUCGCCGCCCCGGACAGCAUCAAUGCGCCGACCAUCUACACAAACGUUCGAGUCCAAUCCCAGUUCCACCUCCUCACAAACCACAUUUACAACCGAAUAAUCUCCAAACCAUCUCCCUCCGCCAAACAAGUUCUCGAAUGGGAUGAUAAAUAUAUAGAAAAAUGGCUAGAUUUAGUCCCUGAUUAUUACAAAGAGAACGCCGAGGUGCCACAGCGUCAUGCGCUAGCUCAUGCUAUCAUGACUUGGCGAUAUAAACAUUUUCGAAUGAUCAUAUAUCGCCCGUAUCUGAUCCAAAAAGCCUUGAUGUCGACAUGGACUCAAUCACCGCCAAGAGGCCAAUGGUCAUUAGGGACUACACAUCAGUCUUCUUCCUUCUAUAUAGACUCCGCCUGUGAACGUUGCUUGAAAGAAUCCCACGACACUAUCACGAGUGUUCAUUUCUUCUGGGAAAAUAACAUCCACACCCGAAUGGCCUGCUGGUACGCUCUGUACUUCCUUUUCUCGGCAACUCUGGUUCCGAUCAUAAUCCUGCGAAACGAGCCACUGUCGUCACUAGCCAAAGCAUGGCAAGAAGACAUUGAAAAAGCGAUUGAUGUCAUCAAGGGAAUGGUUGAAUUGAGUCCAUAUGCCUCGCGCUGCGUUGAGACACUUGAAACUAUAAGUAACAAUUAUACUGGGGACGGGGACUCCACAAACAUCCCGCAAUUCCCUGAUAUUCCUGGUUUCUCGGAUUCCAUGGACCAGAUUCCCUUUGCUCAAAUGUUCUCUUCCAAUCCCGCUGGGUUGUUUGAGGCUCCAGAAAUCUUCUUUGAGGAGCAGAUGUGGUAA